AAUUUAAAUUCUGACUAGAAAGUCUACUAGAGCUGGAAUCUAGAUACUAGAUAGAAUUCGAUAGAGAAGAGACGUCUUGACCACUUCACAUUUUUCUUAAAUGUUUUUUUUUUUCUUGCCGUAUAGCGUCACCUCGUAUACUAAUAUUGAAAAAAAUUAAAAACAUCAUUAGGACUGAAAUUAGGAAAGAAACAUUGAUAAUGAACGGUGGAAAACAUUAUGCAAAAGGAUCAACCCUUCCAGCACUUCCAGAUGAUGGGGUCCUACGUUUAUACUCUAUGCGAUUUUGUCCUUUCGCUCAUCGAGCACAUUUAAUACUUGAAGCAAAAAAUGUACCAUAUCAUACGGUUUUUAUUAAUCUAACUGAAAAACCCGAGUGGUUAACCACCAAAAGCCCUCUUGGAAAAGUUCCAGCUUUAGAACUUACGAACAUUCCUGGUGCCGAACCUCUCAUUGAAUCGCUCAUAAUAUGUGAAUACUUGGACGAAAAGUAUCCAGAAAAUCCAUUGUAUCCAAAAGAUCCAUUACAAAAAGCUUAUGACAAAAUCUUAAUCGAAAGAUUUUCACCAAUUGCUGGAGCUAUGCGCAAAGUAUUUGUAGAAGGGGUACCACCAGGUUCCUUAUCAGAAAUUUGCAGCGGACUUGAUAUAUACGAAGCUGAGCUAAAAAAACGGGGAACAAAGUAUUUUGGAGGUGAGAAACCUGGAAUGCUAGAUUAUAUGAUAUGGCCAUGGUGCGAAAGGUCAGAUAUGCUCCAGUAUUUAAUAGGUGACAAAUAUCGAUGGGAUGAAAAUAGAUUUGCAAAACUGUUGGAGUGGCGUGAUCUAAUGAAAAAUAAUGAAGCCGUGAAACGUUCUUAUUUAGAUGGUGAAACACAUGCCAAAUAUAUGAAAUCUUAUCGUACUGGCACUCCAGAUUAUGAUAUGCUUGUGUAAGGUUUAUGAUUAGAGUGUGAAACAAAAACUAAGAGUCCUACAAAAAAACAAAGAACUUGUUAAUAAAAUUAAAGUUUAAGGACAACUGGACAAAAGCAUGACAUAAUCAACCGAUAUUUAAAUAUAUAAAUGAAAUUAAAAUUCAGAAUCAAUAUUGGCAUUUCAAAUCUUGAUUGCAUUUUGCCAAAAUAUUUGUUAAGGCAAUUUUAAUAAUUUAAGUUUUGAAAAAUAAAAUUAAUUUUUUUGUACAAUUGAAAUAA